GCGACAGUUUAGACAAACUAAGUACUGCAGAUUUUACGGGAAGUGCAUAAUUUGUCUGUUUAUGGUAACGGGUUGGGGAUUGUGCUUUGAUGACCCCUCAGCGUUGCAGUAUGUGAAAAUAUUGACAGAGGAAGCAAGAUGAGUGGUGGUUUGGCACCAAGUAAAAGUACAGUUUACGUCUCCAACCUACCAUUUUCACUAACUAAUAAUGAUUUGCACAAGAUUUUUAUCAAGUAUGGAAAAGUUGUUAAGGUUACUAUUGUGAAGGAUAAAGACACCAGAAGAAGUAAGGGAGUGGCCUUUGUUCUUUUCCUGGACAGGGAAUCAGCCCACAAUUGUGCAAGAGCUCUUAACAACAAACAGUUGUUUGGCAGAACAGUAAGAGCAAGUAUUGCGGUUGACAACGGCAGAGCAGCUGAAUUUAUUAGAAGGCGCAAUUAUACUGACAAGUCCAAGUGUUAUGAAUGUGGAGAAUCUGGUCACUUAAGCUAUGCAUGCCCUAAAAACAUGCUUGGUGAAAGAGAACCACCCAAGAAGAAAGAAAAGAAAAAGAAGAAGAAAGUAGAAGAGACAGAAGAAGUUGAGGAUGAAGAAAGUGAAGAGGAAGGAGAAGACCCUGCUCUUGAGAGUCUCAGCCAAGCUAUUGCGUUCCAGCAAGCAAGAAUUGAAGAGGAUGAACAAAGGCGCAAACAGAGAGAGGAUGCAAACGGAGCUUCUACUUCUGAGGACUCCAGACGACCAAGAAUUAAGAAGAGUGCUUAUUUUAGUGAUGAAGAAGAACUAAGUGACUAAAAGCUGGUAUUUCACCUGUGCAAGUUUUGAAAGUGUAUUUACAUUUUAGCGAUGUUAUAAGUUUCCCUUUACCCAGAUUGGUUCAGUUAGGUACCUUGGACUCUUUCUGUUUUGUAUUACUAUUUUUAUUUAUUUUUUCAAAAUUAAUUUGUGUUCAUAUAUAUUUUCACAUUUUAAUAAACUCAUUAAUCCUUUAUUUCCACUCACAUUUCUGACCAGGGUAAUAUGAAAUUGAGAAUGUCUCUGUUUAGUUCUCUUCCACAUAAAACCCUCAGCUGUAAUUUAUCCUCUUUUGUCUCCAAAGCAACCUGUAAUUGCUUUUUCAGGCUUCAGUAUGUAGCUUUGUGUUGCCAUAUACACUUUGACUUCCUGUGGUUACUGAAAGUUUAGAUGUUAAUUUUACUAUUGUUAUGGCAAAUUAAAACAAUACUAAAUGUAUUGUUACCCAAAUAAAAAUAUAUUAAGUACAAUAAAAUAAUUAUAUGGCUCUCUCUCUCUCUCUUUCUGGGAAGAUGGGAAUUUUUACAAGUAUGGAAGUUGUUUUACUUUUAAUGUAACUAAACCAAAUGAUAUGUUUGCAAAAAUUAACUUGAUUGCCACAUUCUUAUUUUUUCCAUGUGUGUCAAAUCCAUUGCAGGCCCAUUUGUGUAAUUAUGCUGUUUUAUUGAAACCCAGUUUCUAAACUUCAAUAAAUUAAAGAAUCUUGUAACAAAGAUUUGUUACAAGUCGA